AUGAGCGAUGGUUUGGAUCCGUGUGUGGAGACGACCCUCAGAGGGCACCGACAGUCGAUUAACUGGCUUUCCUUCUCGAGUGAUGGCAAACAACUGGUCUCCGGUUCGGACGACAAUCACGUGAUGUUGUGGUCUCUGGACGACAAGCAGUCCAUCUGUUACCGACUGGUGGGCCACUCGAGUGCCGUCCUAUCGGUGGUCUUCACCGCAGACUAUCUGUUGUCGUCUUCGAAGGACUGUUCGGUGCGCUUAUGGCGUAUGAAUCGGAUUAACGGGAGAUUCCCGGAGAACGAGUCCGUCGUCUAUCGCUGCCACUCGUCGUCCAUCCGUUGUGUGGACGCCAACGCAGACGCCAAUCAGUUCUGUACGGGAAGUGACGACAAGACUGUCAAGAUCUGGUCGCCCGUCGCCACCAAUAAGUUCAUCGCCAGUCUGUCGGGAGUGCACACCAAUUGGGUCCGGCAUUCAAAGUACUCGCGACUCAAUCCACAUCUGAUCGCCUCUUGUGGUGACGACGGAUUGAUUGCCGUUUGGGACAUACGGACCAAAGAGGCCGUCAUUCAGUUGACAUCCCGACGCAAAUCAACUCAUUUUAUUUCACUCCAAUGGCACCCAAACUGUGAACAUAUCAUCUCAUCUUCGAGUGCCGACACAUCCAUCAGAAUCUGGGACUUAAGGAAGGAGAAGAUGAUUCAAUACUAUGCCGCACAUACCGGUGCCGUCAACGCCACGGACUUCCACCCGUCUGGCAAUUAUCUGAUUAGCGCCUCAUCUGAUGAGACGUCAAAGAUAUUUGAUUUACUGGAAGGCAGGGGUCUCUUCACUCUGAAGGCACACAACGGCGCUGUCAACACCUGUGCGUUCACUCCCGAUGGCCAGUACUUCGCCACCGCUGGCUUUGAUAAGCAGAUCAUGAUAUGGAAGAGUAAUCUCAUGAAUGGCGUCGAUCGCAGUGAAGACAUCCUUGAGUUGGACGAACACAUCAACGAACCAUUCGAUGCAUACUAUCAUCAAAGAGAUCAUCAAAGAGAACCGAUUCGGCCGACGAGCCAUUCAACGCCUCAAUCCUGUAAAUCAAACAAAAUUCAAACACCGGUUAUGAAUGCCAUGAAUGGCUUAAAAAUUCCUCUCAAGUCAGCUCUUCGACGGUCCAGUUCUGAAGAGAUUAAGUCAACGACUACUCCAAAGCACACGACUCCCAAACACACCAAUCAUUGGCGCGAAAGAGUCGGUUCCAGAGAUCGCAUCGAUAACAGUGGAGACCAUUUGAAUUCAGCCAACACUGAGUCCAUUACUCAGGCUUUUAUCAAUCAACUGAAGACUCUAACGGACAGUGUUUUGCUAAUUGAAGAGCGAUUGUCAACACUGGAGAAUAAGUUUGAGUCUCACUGCACCGCACAGUCAGCCCACGGCUCCAACAGUGGAUGA